AUGGAUGCACUCUCACCACCUACCACUUGGACGUGUGAGACGAAUUCCGACGACAUGGAGGUCCAAAUUCACGAUUUGACCUCUCCGGUGGCCGAAAUGCGCGAUUUUGGCUUGAACUCGUUUUCGGCGACGCGCGACGCCGCCUCCACCGAUCCUGCUUCGCCGCCUAUGGUGCGUGAGUAUGCCACCUCCCCGGGUCCCAUGGUACCUGUCGAUGUGCCACGACACCUCAAACGGCACUCAAACGGCGCAACGGCCUGUCUGGAACCACCACCGCGAGCGCUGCAACCGCUUCUGGCCAUUUGGGCCUAUCCACCAGCAACACCGUCAGCCCUGGUGAUGCGCGAAGUGAUAUAUCGUCCCAAGCCACGUUACCUGCUCGUGUUGGUGACGCUGGAUCGUCUGAAAACGUCAAUCCACGCUCGCUCCAAUGGCUCUGCAGCUUCGGCUACGACUGCCACCUCGCCGCCGUCGACCGAUCCAUGGACCGCCUUCGCUGCCAAGCGUGUCGAGGCGACCAAGGCGUCACAGACGAAGGAUGUGGGUACGUAUCGUCCAUCCAUGGCCGAUCUGAAGCCGCUCCUUGCCAAGCACUCUGCAGGCACUCUGUCCUUCCACGACACCUUACCCAUCCAGAAGCACGACAAGCGCGAGGUCGUCGGAUGGCUGCACAUGGCCACGGGCAACCACACCAAGGCCAUCAACGAGGAUAUAUGCCGCCAUGGCGUCGCUGCUGCACGACAACCAGUCGUUGGUCAAGGGUGA